UAGACUUACACUCACAGCCGCUUCAACCAUGACUGCACCCAGAGCCUCACCCACUAUGGCUGUGCUCAGCAUGUGCCUUCUCUGUGCUCUGGCCUUUGUGCCCACCCUGGCGGCCCCUGUGGGGGACCCAACACCAGCCCAGCAGGAGGAGCUCACGCUUCUCUUUCACGGGGCCUUGCAGCUGGGGCAAGCCCUCAAUGGCGUAUACAGGGCCACAGAGACCCGGCUUCGGGAGGCCAGUCACAGCCUGGGCCUCUACGGCCAGACACUCGGCUUCCUGGGGCAGGAGCUCAGCCAUGGUCGGGAUGCAGCCCUGAAGCUCCGAACGAAUCUACUGGAGAUGCAGGUAGAAGAAGAUAUUCUGAAACUGCAGGCAGAGGCCACGGCUGAGAUGCUGGGGGAAGUGGCCCAGGGGCAGCUGGUGCUCCGGGAGACCAUGCAGCGGCUGGAAACGCAGCUGAGGGGCGCCUGGCUGGGCCCUGCCAAUCAAGAAUUUGAGGCCUUAAAGGCUCGCGCGGACAAGCAGAGUCACGUCAUCUGGGCCCUCACUGGCCAUGUACAGAGACAGAAGCAAGAGAUGGAGGCGCAACAGAGGCGCCUGCGACAGAUCCAGGAGAGGUAAGUGGAGGCAGAACGAGCCCAGGAAGGGUGUCUGAGGCAGCUGAAUUGGGGGCCCGAAUGUGCGGGACUAAACGGCGGUA